AUGGAAGGAAAAGCUCAAGUAUUAGAAACUCCUGAUUUUCAGAAAACAAUUGAAGAAAUCAAUGAAGAAAUUGAGCCUAACCUUAUAUCCUGAGUUGAAGAAAUCGAAUUAAAAAUGUUUAUUGACUUGAAAAUUUAUAUUAAAAAUAUUUCCUAUAUAAAUAUUUUAUGAGUCUGCCACAAGAGAUAGAGUUUACAUCAUAUAAGCAAAUAUGCUAGAAAUUGCAUUUGAAUUUCUUAAGACUGAUUAUACGGUGCAAUUUCUAGCAUUCAUUAUUAUAGAAGAGAAGUAGUUAAAUUUGAGGCAGGGUAGCGAGCAGUUUCAUACUUAGCUAUAUAAAAUCGCUCGAUAAAGAAAGAGGUUUAAUUUUCUAAUUUUAAGAAAUUUUCAAUAACGUUGCUCCAUCAAUAAUGGUGUAGUAAAGUUUUUUCACAAAGCUUAGGAAUUGAGUCUAAGCCAAGAGACAAAUCCAUGACAGAAAUAUUUGAUUAUUUUAAUUCACUCGGAAGAAAGCAAGCCAGAUAUGAUUACUUAAAGGAGAGAAAAGAAAUUUCUAAUAGAAAUGAUAGAGUAAAUAUGCUAGAAAAAGAACUGAAAUCAAUAAGAGAGGAGCUGGAAAGCCAAAGGAAAGAUAUAAAUGAAAACGCUGAACUGUUGAAUGAAGUUUUAGAACUAGGGGAAAUGAUUGAAAAUGUCAAAGCGAAAAUGGAAACUGCUUCACAUGUACAGAUUCAGAACUCGAAAAUUAAUUUUAAACCAAAUAGAGAGAAAAAAGAAACCAAUGAUGGGGAAAAAUUAACUGGAGGGUUUUUAUUUGAAAUGCAGCUGAAUGAUUCCGAAGAGAAAAGCAGAAUUGCGAGGCUUGAUAAUAAAAUCAGAGAGCUAGAGUUCAUUGUAGGGAACUGGAAGCAAUCUAAACCAGCAAAUGAAAGCUUAGCUGAAUUUAUAUCGAAAACUAGGUUUAUAAACUCAGGUGUAUGAUUUUUGAUGGAAUAUUUUGAUAGUGUGGCAGUGCUCUGAAUAGUUAAAGUUUUUGAUAACCGACAUUACCUCUUAAAUUAAUAAAUUUUUCUAAUUGCUCCUUUGAAUUGAACAUUAAACCCCUUUAAAUUUGGAACAAAAAAUUUUUCAAUAGGAAAAGUAUGUAGCUAUAAAUAUUAAUUUUUAUAAAAUUAUUUGGCAAUUCAAUAAAACUAAUGCAAGUAGAAUAUUAUUUAAACAGUUUUCACACUAAAUCAAUUAGUAUUUUAAAAUUAAAAUUCAAAAUAUUAUAUAGCUUUUUUAAUUUUAUUUAUAGAGAAAGUUUUGAAAACAAUUAAACCCUAUUGGAGUAAGAAAUGCAUGCCACCAUAAAUUUUUUAAACAAAUUAUCCAGAGCUGCCACUCUAUUUAAAGUUGUGAUCAAAUAGCAUGCAACCUAUAAACUCAGAGCUGCUGGAAAAACUAACAGAUCAAGCAAGGCAUUUAGGGACCGAUCUAGAUAUCAUGCUUUCAAGCAGAACUGAAGUCCAAGCAUCUCCAGAAUCUAUUGAAGCCAUAAAAAAUCUUCACAGAGACACAUUUCAGCAUUUAUCUGAAGUUUCAAAACUCCCCCAGAUAAUAGAAAAAAUUAAAUUUUCUUCUCCUAUUUAUGCUGCACAUUUACAAUUAGAUUCUCAACUUUUAGAUUUAGAAACAAGCACUGAUGCUUUGCUUUCAGAAAUUAGCCAGUCAGGAUCUAUAAUCGAAGAAUUAAGAGCAGGAAUUGAAGCCAAUCGGGGUUCGAUUUCAAAUAAUGUUGCGAUCUUGAACCAAAAAAUUAUAACUCUUUAUAAAUAAUGGAACAUUAAUAAUAUAAGCAAAAAUUUAAUUUCUAUAAAAUUUAAAAAUAUGAACCGAUUAUUGAUGGCCCUAUUUUUUUAAAAAAAUAAAUAAAUAA